AUGGCAACAUCGCACGUCCAGAACAAAAGCUGCAAUCAUUGCCAUGGAGAGCAGAAGGCCACCCUCGAGGAGACUUCGCCUCGAAUUGCACGAGCGGCACACAUUGUAUCACACGCCCGUAGCUCUCAGUCACUCCCGAGUCUGUGCCUCACAAAAAUACGAAGAAUCGCAAUGGCAACGAAGGAGCAGGGCCAGGAGACCGGUCGAGAUUACGAUCCCGAGAGGCGCAGAAACGAAAUAUGCUGCACCGCAGCCUCAGAUGAAAUCCAACGGCUUUUUCUUUUCCCUUCUCCCACUCGGGCCAUGUUGCCUUUUCCAUGGACGCGGGGAAGUUUGUUACCUCGGCGGGAUUACCAGGCGUGCUCGAAGACAAGGACUUGUCUGCACUCUCAAAGCUGUCGACUCGAGAUCCAAAGCGCAUUGAAAUCUCAACCGCCGGUGACCUUUGCCCGGAUCUGA